AUGGUGAAGUUUGCCAAAGUAUUUCCAUACAGAGCAUGUGAUAGUAGAAGGAAAGGUUAUGAUCGAACAUUAAUCGAUCACAUUGCUAUCGUAUUUUUCGAUGAUUUGGAACCGUUUAUUGCUGGAUGUGUUUCAUUGGAUAACCAAGUACGAUUUGCCGAGAAGUCAGGUGCAGUCGGUUUAGUAGUCGGACCGGAAAGUCGAGUAGUGGCUCAGAUUGAUAAGACACAACGAGGACGCAUUCCAGUUGUGAUUCUGGAUGACUUGGAAACAAAACGACUAAAAAAACAAUUAAAUGAAGCGUCAUAUAGUGGUUCAGUGAUUCGGAUUGCUUUUGAAUAUGUUGACUUAGAGCCCGAAUACACAUUAAGACUUGAGGUAUUUUCAGUUAGUUAUACAGUAUUAAAACAUAUCAGUUGACU